AUGCUUUACCGCUACAUUAUCGCUGUAUCUAUGUUGGCCGUGCCUGCAUCAUUCCUUGCUUCCAACUGUUUCACAUGGUUUGAUACUAUUCUGUUGGGCGAUCUUCUGUUGAGAGGAUUUAAGCACAAUUGCACAAUGGCUAAUUUGUCAACCAAAGAAGCACAUGAUCUGGCAAGGAGAACGAAUAGCGCAAGUAUAACGCAGCUUUUCGAAGAAAAAUCCUUAAAAGCGUAUCAUAGAUUUGGUUAUCAGGUUUUUCCCUAUCUCAGACUUACAUCAGAUAAAUACGCUGCAGCUACAGGGACGGCUCCAUGGCUAAAAAGGGAUGUUGAUGUUCAGGUAAUACAAAGUAUUUCACGCUGA